UUUACCCAUUUUUAUUCACUAACAAAAGAUUCCAUGGCCCCAAAGAAAGACAAUGCCCCUCCUCCUUCAUCAAAGCCAGCCAAGUCUGGAGGUGGAAAGCAGAAGAAGAAAAAGUGGAGCAAGGGAAAGCAAAAAGAGCAGGUGAACAACAUGGUACUGUUUGAUCAGGUUACCAAUUACAAACUUCUCUCUGAAGCUCCUAAAUACAAGCUUAUCACUCUUUCAACCCUCUCUGAUCGUUUGAGGAUUAAUGGCUUACUUAGUCGCAGAGAAGACACGGAAGUUGGUAUCAGAGGGUUGAUUAGGUUGAUGUGUGCACAUUCUAGCCAGCAGAUUUACACUAGGGCUAAAAACACCUAGAUCUUUACCUAUACUGUUACGUAAUUAGAUCUAAGUAAUAGUUGUGUUUGAGUUUGGAAAAUGAUUUUUCCUUUAAUUUUUGUUUAAAACUUUACCUUGGACUACUUUUUCUUGUAUUUCUUGUGGUUUAGUGGAUACUUUUCAACACAAUUGGUUACUCAGCUUUGGUAGAUUUG